CUCAACACCGGAAGCUGUGUGUGUAUAUUGUCGGCAGAGUGACGUCAGAGCUGUGGGGAACAACAAUAGCAGACAGUGUGUGAGUGUGUGUUAGCGGAUCAAUCAGCCGAUCACAGAUCGAUCAGGAUGUCGUUCCAGACCAAGAAGAGCAGCGCCAAACCGGCGGGCGACCGUCUGAUCAUCAAAGGAGGAAAGGUUGUCAAUGACGAUCAGUCAUUCUACGCUGACGUCUACGUGGAGGACGGGACCAUCAAACAGAUUGGCGAGAACCUGAUCGUCCCGUCUGGUGUGAAAACGGUGGAUGCGUAUGGUCAGCUGGUGAUCCCCGGCGGUGUUGACGCCAACACCAACCUGCUGACUCCGCAGAAAGGCCUGAAUCCGACCGACGACUUCUACCAGGGAACCAGAGCCGCACUGUCCGGAGGAACCACCACCAUCAUGGACCACGUGCUGGUGGAGCCGGGGACUAGUUUACUGUCAGCCUUUGAUCAGUGGAGGGAGACUGCGGAGCAGAGGGCAUGCUGCGACUUCUGUCUCCACCUGGACGUCACUCGCUGGCACGAAGGGCUGUACGAGGAGCUGGAGACACUCGUCAAAGACAAAGGUGUGAACUCCUUCCUCUUCUUCAUGACCUACAAAGACAAAUACCAGAGCUCCGACUCUCAGCUCUACGAGGCAUUCGGGGUCCUCCGGGAUCUUGGAGCUAUCGCACAGGUUCAUGCUGAGAAUGGUGACAUCAUUGAUGAGGAACAGAAGAAGCUUCUCUGUCUCGGCAUCACUGGACCUGAAGGACACGUUUUAUCUCACCCUGAGGAGGUAGAAACGGAGGCGGUGUAUCGGGCCAUUACCAUUGCCAAACAGGCCAACUGUCCGCUGUACGUUACCAAGGUGAUGAGCAAAUCUGCUGCUGAUGUCAUCGCCAAAGCCAGGAAGAAAGGUAUUGUAGUGUAUGGGGAGCCAAUCACAGCCGGCCUGGCCACUGACGGCUCUAACUAUUGGUCCAAAGACUGGGCCACAGCUGCUGCCUUUGUCAUGAGCCCACCUAUCAACCCUGAUCCUUCAACUCCCCUAUACCUGACCUCUCUGUUAGCAUGUGGAGAUCUCCAGGUGACAUCCAGCGCUCAAGCCAGCUUCUCCACAGCUCAAAAAGCCGUCGGUAAAGAUGAUUUCACUCUGAUCCCAGAGGGAACCAAUGGGAUCGAGGAGAGGAUGUCUGUGGUGUGGGACAGAGCUGUGUCUACGGGCAAGAUGGAUGAGAACGAGUUUGUCGCUGUAACGAGCACCAACGCUGCUAAACUCUUCAACAUUUACCCACGGAAAGGACGGAUCGCUGUAGGAUCUGAUGCUGAUGUUGUCAUCUGGAACCCAAAGGAGACACGAACUGUUUCUGCAAAGACUCACAACCUGAUGCUGGAGGUGAACAUCUUGGAGGGUUUGGAGUUUCGAGGCGUGCCAUCAGUGGUGAUCAGUGGUGGUCGAGUUGUUCUGGAGGACGGAAAACUCAACGUGACUGAAGGUUCAGGACGCUUUGUCCCCAGGAAGGCUUUCCCCGACACUGUCUACAAGAGGAUCAGAGCCCGCAGCAAG